UCCCUCUCUCCCUCUCAGUUUCUCUCUCUAAACCAUAUUGAGAAAAGGAGAGCGAUAUAGAUAUAGAUAGAUACAAGCAUAUACAGAGAGAGACAUAUAUGUGAGCAAAUUCGAAUCGGGAGACACCGUUCGCAGCGCGCUUUCUCUCUCUAGGUUUCCGUUGAUCUAUUGUUUCUCCGACUGUGUUUCUCUCUCUUCGAUCGUCUUCUUUGUUCGAAGAUCCGAUUCAAUUGGUUCCGUCCUUCUCUCGCCUGUCUUGGCUCGAGAUCCGAGCCAAGAACAGAAUAACUUGUUGGAGGAAGAUCUGUGCAAGUUCAGUGGUAGGUUAGAUCACACUCAAAGUUUUACUCUCUUCACUCGAAGUGCAGAGAGGAUUAGUGUAAAUGGCAUCCAAAGAGGGGUUUCUGACGGAUGAGCAGAGGGAAGUGUUGAAAAUAAAUGCAGAUAUUUUGUCGUCGUCGCCGAAAUCCCCGACUCUGAAAUCGCCUAGUCCCAAAUCCCCGACGACUCUACUCUCCGAACAUCAUAUUAAAGUGCCGGCAGGAGGCAAGGCGCCGACGGCUGGGAUUGCUGUGAGGCAUGUGCGGCGGACGCACUCAGGGAAGGUUAUAAGAGUGAAAAAGGAUGGUGGCGGGGGAAAGGGCACCUGGGGGAAACUACUGGACACUGAUGGUGAAUCUCGUAUUGACCGAAAUGAUCCUAACUACGACAGUGACGAGCAGGAACCAUAUCAGCUCAUUGGAUCAACUGUGUGUGAUCCUUUGGAUGAAUACAAGAAAGCUGUGGUUUCCCUUAUAGAGGAAUACUUUAGCACUGGUGACGUGGAAUUGGCAGCAUCCGACCUCAGAGAACUCGGCUCAAGUGAAUAUCUUCCCUACUUCAUUAAGAGGCUUGUUUCCCUGGCCAUGGACAGGCAUGACAAAGAGAAGGAAAUGGCUUCAGUUCUGCUUUCAGCUCUAUAUGCUGAUGUUAUCAGCUCAGCCCAGAUUAGCCGGGGGUUUGUCAUGCUUCUCGAGUCUGCUGAUGAUCUUGCUGUGGACAUACUGGAUGCAGUUGACAUUAUUGCUUUAUUCAUUGCUCGUGCUGUGGUUGAUGACAUCCUACCCCCAGCUUUUAUCAACAGGGCAAAGAAAGCAUUGCCAGAAUCCUCGAAGGGAUAUCAGGCUAUUCAAACUGCAGAGAAAAGUUAUCUCUCAGCUCCACACCAUGCAGAACUUGUGGAGCGGCGAUGGGGUGGGAGCACCCAUAUUACGGUAGAGGAAGUGAAGAAAAAGAUUGCCGAUCUCUUAAGGGAAUAUGUGGAGAACGGGGAUACCUCUGAGGCAUGUAGAUGCAUCAGGCAGUUGGGAGUUUCAUUCUUUCAUCAUGAGGUUGUGAAGAGGGCUUUAGUUCUUGGCAUGGAAAUCCGAACAGCAGAACCACUCAUACUGAAGCUAUUAAAGGAAACUGCAGAGGAAGGACUGAUAAGUUCCAGUCAAAUGAUAAAAGGGUUUGCUCGGUUAGCUGAGAGCCUUGAUGACCUUGCUUUAGAUAUUCCAAAUGCAAAAACAUUAUAUUAUUCGCUGAUCCCCCAGGCAAUCUCUGAAGGUUGGCUUGAUUCGUCAUUUUUGAAAUCCCCAGUUGAAGAUGGAGAGGUAGGAGACAAAAAUGACAAAAAGGUCAGGCGAUAUAAGGAAGAGAUCGUGACAAUAAUUCAUGAAUAUUUUCUCUCUGAUGACAUUCAUGAGUUUAUCCGGAGUCUUGAAGAUCUUGGGGCACCUGAGUUCAACCCAAUAUGCUUGAAGAAGUUGAUCACUCUUGCUAUGGAUAGGAAGAACAGAGAAAAAGAGAUGGCAUCUGCUCUGCUAUCUGCUCUUCAUAUUGAGAUCUUCUCAACUGAUGAUAUAGUUAACGGUUUUGUCAUGCUUCUGGAAUCUGCAGAAGAUACAGCACUUGAUAUUUUGGAUGCUUCAAAUGAACUUGCUUUUUUUUUGGCUAGGGCGGUGAUUGAUGACGUUUUGGCUCCACUGAAUUUAGAGGAGAUUGGCAGCAAGUUGCCAGCAAAUUGCAGCGGAAGUGAGACUGUGCAUAUGGCUCGGUCACUCAUAGCUGCGCGUCAUGCCGGUGAGAGGAUAUUGAGGUGCUGGGGAGGUGGAACUGGCUGGGCGGUAGAGGAUGCAAAGGACAAGAUCAUGAAGCUCCUCGAGGAAUACGAGAGUGGGGGUGUAGUAGCUGAAGCUUGCCAGUGUAUUCGUGAUAUUGGAAUGCCAUUCUUCAACCACGAGGUAGUAAAGAAGGCUUUGGUUAUGGCAAUGGAGAAGAAGAAUGAUAGGAUGCUGAAUCUGCUUCAGGAGUGCUUCAGCGAAGGGCUGAUCACUAUUAAUGAGAUGACCAAAGGCUUUGCCCGGAUCCAGGAUGGGCUCGAUGAUCUGGCUCUCGACAUUCCAAAUGCAGAAGAGAAAUUCAACUUCUACUUAGAACAAGCCAAGGCAAAAGGGUGGCUUCUCCCGUCCUUUGGUGAUGCUUCGCUGACUCAGGCUUCGGCAUCUUGAGAGGAACUUGUACGUUUAGGUUUGUUUCUCAUGUAUGUUGUUGCUCAUUUACUCUCUUUUGUACUUUUCUUAGCUCGUGCUUGAAUGCUUCAGAGUGGAUGGAUAUGGAUUUUCAGGAUUCCUUCUGAUGCAUGCCUUCUCUCUUCCUUGUGGUUGUCUAAUGGAGAUCCAUGAAUGUGUAAAGUGCUAUGCUGCAUUUAGAAAGCUUGGAAGGGAUGUGAUACAGUGCACGAAAUUUUAUGUUUAGCGCGUUAAUACUUACUCUCUUGACAUUUAGAAGCUUUCUUGUUCUUC